AUGGGGCCUGGCCCAAAUCAAGAACCAAAACAAACCUUAAGCCCUAAAAUCUUCCGGUCACUGGAAUCCAAAACCACCUUUGCCGCCACAACACAACCUCCUCCACCAUCCCAAGCCGCUACCAACAACCAAACCCCAACCCUGCCACCGCAACCCAACCACCAACCUAAGCCGCCACCAACACCACCACCAACACACCCUCCAACCACCGGACCACCAACACCACCACCAAUCGAUCUGCCGUACCAAACAAAACAAAGCACGCAAAUCCAGACCCGACGUGAACCCCACGAGCAACUGGAUCCUGAGGAAAACCGCCGAGGAGCCAGCGAUUUGGUCCUCACAAACGGAAAGGGAAACCAGAGGCUGAGCACUUCCAUAUGCCAGUCUCGAAUUGCCGUCGCGCUGCCUGACGAAGCAGAUCACCGGCCAACCACCACCACCCCUAGCCUCCACGACCAACCUCCGGUUGAAAAGAUCCACUUGGCCGCUAAGCAAACACCCAGAACGUCCAGCGACAAAGACGAGGCGGUCACAAAGAACACAUAG